AUGGCAAUGACCGCAGUUUUCUUUGUUGGUGUAAAUGCUCGUGUUGCGGCCCAUUAUAACAAUCAUAAGGUCAGUUGUCAUUCUGGAUUUAAGAUGGUUGAAAUAUUUACUGAUUAGCUCCCAGGCCUAGGUUUCGUAAUUCGUUAUUCAACCUUGUCCCCAAGGCUUUUCCCUUAAAAAAUAGCCUGUGAACAGGCUCUCGGUUCUUUUGGGGGAAACAAAUAGCGAAUGGGUGGGGCGGGAAAAGGCUCUGGCAUCGACUGGUCAGGUGUACAGCUUAAUAUAUGGCUAAAAUAGUACGCGCGCUCUGAUUGGCUGCUGAGAGGGCAAGAUUUUCUUGUAAUGACUGGGCAUUAUUUGAGUGAAAGCUACGAGCGCGAAGGCGAAAACAACAAAAAAUAAGGACAAAAUAUACAUGUAACUAUCUUUUCAAUAACUGAAAGAAAAAUACUUCCCUACCGAUUCUUCUUUAGUAUAAGCGACGAAAACCUCUUACGCGGCCAGGCAGGUGUUGAAAAUUACUUCCUGUGUUCUUUAUUGGUAUUCUUUUUAAGAAUAGCGCUAAAAAAGGCCCUAGUAUAAUAAAUAACUUAUCAACGUCCAUUCGGUUACUAUAAAGAAAACUCAGCCCUUGUCUCUCAGCUUUGAUGUAUUAACCUCGCAAUCACUUUGUCAAUAAAUCAAGACCCCGGUCUGAGAUUUCCCUGUAAUGACCCAACGGACGAAAUUAAUAAGUGGUAUUGAGAGGAGCUUUAAAGCUUAUCUAGACAGAUAUACACUGCCUUUCAUCGCGGCGCUGAACAUCCCCCUAAUAUCCCCACGCGUUUCCUAAAAAUUGCUAGAAAACGAUCAGAGAAAGGAAACCUUAAAUUUUUCAAAACCGAAAAUGUGAUGCAGAGAGGAAUCAUGAAAAUUCUCACUUUCGUAAAACUUUAACUUGCAGCUAAAAUUUUCGGGAAAAUAAUGCUGAAUCCCUUGUAAUUUCGAAAAGACUCAAGUUUCCCUAGGAUGACCAAACAAAACAAUUUUUUUUAGCGCCAGUUGGGAUACAUUGACUGUGAAGAGGGAGGCGGUAUACAUGCGGGACUCAUUAUACAUCUACUCCUUACAUUUAUUAUUCCCUUCCGCUUGAUAAACAGAGAGCAUUUAUUUGGUAAACACUCCUUUCCCAACCAGCUAUUUUUAUUUCUCUUUUAGGCCUACAAAGAACUGAUGAAAACAGGUAGGAAAAUAAUAAUAACCUUAUCUUUGCAAUUUAUUUCAUGAUAGAUUUAGUUUGUCACAGUUGAAUCUACCUAAAUGCAGAUUAUCAACUGGUCAACUAGCCUCCCCGCAGACGUCCUUUGGGGUUCGUUCGUCACGCAUUCAUUUCUCCCCCACGGCGGGGGGAGAAAUGAAUGCGCUCUUUCGCCUUUCGUGGGGCAAAAGAAUAUAACCUACUCCCAAAAAACAUUCGGAACUUAAACAAUAUAUCAAAUUUUAAAAGGAAAGUCGCCGCCAACUUUCUUAGAAACUCAUGAUAGGUUGAAUCACAUUUUUCAUUACUGUAUAAUUAAAAACCCCUUUUAAUAUUUCUUGUUGUAACAGAUGUAAAUAUUUUUGCCCCAUUGUAAUUUUAUUAUUGUAUAUUUGUUAUUAUUGUAUAUCACGACAUUAUUAUAAAUCAUUAUUGUAAAUCAGCUUUGCAUUAGUCUUUGGACUUCUCGUUCUUGAUACGACAGAAAAGCCCCAUAUAGAGGAGUCGUAAUAAAGUGUAUUUUAUGUUAUGUUAAUUGUUCUAUCCGUUAAUCAACGUAUUUUGUCAAGAAGCACUGUGCGCUACAACACGCUAGCAUAUUGAGGCCUCUUACAAAUCACCGAGAUUUCCCAGGGCGAGAAACCACUACAAACACCAUCAUCACACCACCACCACCACCAUCAUCGUCAUCAUCAUCAUCAUUUUGGCCGGCAAUCGUACUCUUAAAACUAUUUUAUUCUUAGGUGAAUAUAAAGCUUAGUUAUGUUUUGUUAUUUCCUCUUUAGACCGGUUAAACGAAUUAUUUAGCCGAGGGAGUUGUCAAUGCCGUGGAGAGGGUUUUAGUGAUUCUGGCUUCGGAAGUGGGACAACCUUCUGGUUUAUCGGAUGUAGCGGCAACUGGCAAGACUGCAAAGAUCCAGGAAUUAUGACCAGUUGUUGCCGAGAACAAGGGAAAAAAUGA